GUUUGGUCUUUGAAAUAGGUGGCAAAUUCAUCGGCUUUGAUGGAGGAAGGGGCAGGGGGCAGACAAGUAAUGUGUACAAAUAGGGGUCAAUCCAAUUAGCCCUGAGCUGCCAUUGAAACACCCCGACUUGCACAUUUUUGAACACAGCUAUACAGGGCUGCGGACACAUAUCAACGAGGUUGGAGUGCACAAGAAACUUUUUGCAAAACUUUGGUGACUCUCCUUUGACCCAAGUAAUAUUAGGAAGUGUGGGUCAGUAUUGUCUGAGGAAACUGGGAAACCGAGGCUUCUGAUAAUCACACAGACACUAGGGGACACUGACCUCUCCCCUCAGGAUGCCAUACAAGGACCUGGUGAAGUGCUGGAAUGAAGGCGUCCUGGCAGCAGAUCAGAAGGAUUUGGAUUCGGCUUUGCAGCACUUUACCUGUAUCGAUGAUCCUCCCUCAAAGAUCUGGUUCAACAUUGGAUGCAUUCACAUUCUGAAAGGAGAUUUAGAGAACGCUCUGCAGGCUUACAGUCAAUGCGUUGCCAAGGACAACUGUCUCGCUGUUGGCUUUUUUCAAAGGAGCUACGUACAUUUCAAGCUAGAGAGGUAUGAGAAGGCGCUGACUGACUGCCACCUGGCCCUGGCUCAGCUGAGAGACAACAGCGUUAUAGACUACAAGCAGCUGGGACUCCGCCAUCUGCUCUACUCCUGGGAGGUUGUGUAUAAUACGGCGGUCAUUCUCAGUUACCUGGGAAAAUGGGAAAAAGCGCAGGAAAAGCUGAACGAGGCCUUCAGAUGCCUACCGGGGGAAACCGGGAGUCUCAGGCUAGACGUGGCUCUGACUCAGAUUCAGAGACAAGUUCUGCUCCAGCCGAUGGGAGUACCGGAGGGGGAACUAUUCAGGCCUCGCAAGCAAGAAGUCGAUCAACUUAAAUUCAAAGACUUCCUGGGUAAACCAAAGAUCAUCUCCUCUGUGGUUCCCAACGAUCAGUACAGCGGCUUUGAGCCUCUCCGUCCCCAGAAGCCGGGUUUUUACGAGCCAUGUCGGGAAGCCAUGCAAGGUCGGGAGGCCGGGUACCAUCGUGUUUUAGUCCAUUAUUACCCGGAGAACUCUGCAGAAGUGGCUGUGAAAGCAAGCAGCAUCUUGUACGUCCUGAACAAAGAUGAAAGCUGGGCAACUGCCAUCCACGAUGGUCAAAAAAUUCUCAUACCAACUAAUUUUCUGGAACCAGUGAAUGCGCCCAAAGCAGAUAUGAAGAAAAUGAAUAAUGGGAUCCCUCUGCCCCCCACGAAGAUGCCACCAACGAGGCCAAAUGUGAAGCCGACGAGCGAGCAGUGGCCACAGCAGGGUAAUCUAAUACCAGCUCAGGAUGUCCCACCGCGGCCCACAGGUGACCUUCCAGAACCCACUGAGCCAGUGCGAGGAAAGAUGGAUAUCCGUGUUAGGCAAGACCAAGAACUGGAGACAGCUGUCCACCGUAGAAGAGGCCAAGACUUGGAAGUGCCUGUACCUUCUAGAGACGAAGGAGUGGGGGAUAUGGCUGUACCGACUAAUACGGUGGACGUGACAAUACCGUUUAGAUCACAUCUAAUAGAAAAUGUGAUAUCUCCUCCCAUAGCAGAGCCAGUGAGGGUCAAAGAGGCUCCGCAAAGACCUCAGCCAAAGGUGGAAACAGUCGUCACCCUACAAAGCGCUCAACGCCCCAGACAGGAAGCAGCAAAGCAGGAAGAAAUGACGCAGACGUUAAUGAUAAACAGCCAUCCGGCAGAUUCCGCAGCAAGCUCUGCAGACGACAGGCAUGUAGCACAGAACAAGCCAGACCAUGCAGUGGAAGCUGGGGUGGAGGACAGCAUAACCUUACAAGUACACACAGAGUUCACCGUAGAUUUAUCCGUGAGAAAGGACAUCACCUACCUGCAGCUGCAGCACCUUCUCAGACAGAAGCUAGAGCAGCAGGGGGUGCAGAUGGACAUCCACCUGAGUUACAGGGAUGUGGAGGGCAAACAUGUAACCCCAGUGAAGGAAGACAGAGACCUGCAGGGGAUGUGGGGACAAGCCAGAAACAAGCGACUGAUGCUGUGUUGUAAGGACGCAUAUCACUGCGUGGGGAGACCCAUCCUGUAUCGCAUGAGAGCCAUCUACACCUACCCAUCAGAAGGACCAGAAGAUCUGACCUUCAACCAGGGAGACACCAUAGACAUCCUCUCAGAAGUGAAUGAGGACUGGCUGGAAGGUCACUGCAAUGGAAGCAUCGGGAUAUUUCCUAAGUGUUUUGUUACAUUCAUCGAUGAACGAGAUCCUCCCGGAACAUAGAAGUACCUCCGCCUCACGACAUACAUUGAAGGCCUCCUGUACUAUACCUAUAACCUCACACCUCACUUUGCACAGUGCAAUGAUGUCCUACGUUUAUGUAUUGCCUUGCCAGACCCUGCACAUACUAAGGUUCCAAGUACUCCUAAGAAGCCAGGAUUCUCCAGCGCAUUCGGUCGCAGGCGGGUUAUCAUCCAGUUCAGCCACACACCGGAGACCAACAGCAGUCAUGCACACUCAUCUUUCCACCUCAUUUGCGAAUGUGUCCAGUGAUUUCUUUUUAUACUGUAGACGGCAGCCGUUUGUGAUCGGGCCCCCCAUGAUAUUGGGUCAGCUGCCCCACCGUGAGCUGCUCUAGCCCAGCACGUAAGGGCAGUGUUAGACAGUAACAUUUUAAAAAUGUAUUAUUAUUAUUUUUAUAUUAAAUUAGUUUAUUUAUUAAGGUGAAUGUUUUUACGAUAGAUCAUUGUAGAGUUUACACAGGGGAAUUAUAGUGAAGCCAAAUUACCAUACGGUUAGAAAGUUCCUUUUAAGACAAUAAAAGUGUAUCCAGCUUCA